AUGGCGGAAGAGAAGCUAACAAAGAAACAGCGUAAGGCGCUUGAGUUCAAAAACAAAACAGCUGAGGAGAGAAAAGAAGACAAAGCUGAGAAGGUUGAGCGGAAACGGAAGCUUGAGGAGGAGGAGGCAGCUCAAGCGCCUAAGAAGCGUAAGACCCGGCGAGGCAAAAAGGGCAAGGGUGUGAAUAACGGAACCGGCCCGCGGUUCAUUUUAUUCGUUGGUAACCUUCCCUAUGACAUUCAACAGGCCGAACUCGUCAGUCAUUUCAAAGCAGCUAACCCUGACCGUAUCCGCUUGCGGGCUGAUAAAGGUAUCGCCUUUUUGGAGUUUGACAACGACAACCAAGAGAUUCAAUCGAAGAUGGAGGUCGCGUUACGAAUGCAUCACCUGACACUCAGGGAGCGCAAGAUCAAUGUGGAAUUGACAGUGGGCGGUGGCGGCAAUCUGAAAUUCCGUUUGGAAAAAAUCAAAAGCAAGAAUGAUAAAAUGAAUCAAGAUCGUAAUGAAAAGAUCAGAAAAACUAUCACAACCAAGAAGGAUGCCAAAGAGAAAUCAACCGAAUCUUCGCCGGCACCUACUGGUGGUAUUCACCCGGAUCGGGCUCGAAUGAUCGGUUAG